CUUCCAGUUGGGGAAUAUUUUCACUUGGCUCGGGAAGAAGGAAUGCGGCGCUCGUAGCCGGCCAUAACUGGAGUUUAAGGCUUUGCUCUCAUCGGCGUCCAAGUCUGUAAACCAUGGCUGGCUUCAGGCAAGAGGAUGUUGAGGUCUACUAUGAGAUGGGAGAGGAGCUUGGGAGUGGACAGUUUGCUAUUGUCCGGAAGUGCAAGGAGAAGAGCACCAGCUGCGAGUACGCCGCCAAGUUCAUCAAGAAGCGGCGGCUGUCAUCCAGCCGGCGGGGGGUCAGCCGCGAAGAGAUAGAGCGUGAGGUCAACAUCCUGCGGGAGAUUCAGCACAGCAACAUCAUCACCCUGCAUGACAUCUUUGAGAACAAGACCGACGUGAUCCUUAUUCUGGAGCUCGUGUCUGGCGGAGAGCUCUUCGACUUCCUGGCAGAGAAGGAGUCACUUACUGAGGAAGAGGCAACCCAGUUCCUCAAGCAGAUCCUGGACGGUGUCCACUACCUCCAUUCCAAACGCAUUGCCCAUUUUGACCUCAAGCCGGAGAACAUCAUGCUGCUGGAUAAGAAUGUCCCAAACCCCAGGAUCAAGUUGAUUGAUUUUGGAAUUGCUCAUCAAAUCAAGGCCGGGAAUGAGUUUAAGAAUAUCUUUGGGACUCCCGAGUUUGUCGCUCCAGAAAUAGUCAACUACGAGCCGCUUGGACUGGAGGCAGACAUGUGGAGCAUCGGGGUGAUCACAUACAUUUUGUUAAGCGGUGCCUCGCCAUUCCUGGGGGAGAGCAAGCAGGAAACCCUGACCAACAUCUCAGCCGUCAACUAUGACUUUGACGAAGAGUACUUCAGCAAUACCAGUGAGCUGGCCAAAGAUUUUAUUCGCCGCCUGCUUGUCAAGGAUCCUAAGAAAAGAAUGACCAUUGACGACAGCCUUGAACAUCCCUGGAUCAAAGUGAUCAAGAGGCGGAACGUGCGUCAGGAGGACAGUGGGCGCAAGCCUGAGCGCCGGCGCCUGAAGACAACUCGUCUGAAGGAGUACACCAUCAAGUCCCACUCUAGUAUGCCACCCAACAAUACCUACGUCAACUUUGAGCGCUUCUCACAGGUGCUGGAGGAAAUCGCAGCCGCAGAGGAGGGCCUGAGGGAGCUGGAGCGCAACCAGCGCUCAUGCCGGGACGACGUGGCGGCACUGCUGUCUAUAUAUGAGGAGAAAGAGGGCUGGUACCAGGAGGAGAACCAGAGCAUCUCCAGCGACCUUAGCCACAUCCGCCAGGAGCUGCAACGCACCCAGGCCCAGCGCCGUCAGAGCCAGGAGGAGGCCCGGGCAGCCAUGCUGGCCGCCAACUCCCUCAAACGUAAGUUUGGCCGCCUGGAGAACCGUUACGAGGUCUUGGCGGAGCAGGUGGCUACAGAGGUUCGCUGGGUGGAGGAGCUGGUGCGGUCCAUAUCCGUCACAAGGGACGGCCUCACCACUGGCAGCAUGCCCUGAACCAGGACAUCAUCCCACUGUGACAUUUUUUUCAUGCUCAAAUUUCCUCCUGCCCAUGUCUCUGUAUGCAUUGCAGAGCGGAGUCGAUGUGGGCCAUCAUAAGCUAUAGCUGCUUCCCUCAUAGAAAUCUCUUUAAGGGGAUGUUACAUCCCUUGUAUGUAAUGUUUUAGAGAACCAGCAAGUAGCAAAGAGGCCCUAUACAGACCUCAUUCACUUCAGCAAUUUUCAUAAAAACACCCAUUCCAGUAUUUUUCUAAAUUAAUUAUUAAUGUCAAAGGCUCUUAAGUAAUUUAAUUGUCAUGGAUAGUACUUAACCAAUUUGUAAAUUAUAUUUGCAGUUUAUGCAGUUGCUAAUGCGUUUAUAGUGACAAUGAACACUUUUUUUUCUUAGCAAAUAUUGGUUUUCUGAAAUAAUUUAGGUUCUGAAUUAAUGGGCCAAUGCUUUAAAAGCCAUAGAUGUCUGCUAAUGUGUUCUUGCCUCAGGCGGUUGGCCAGUUAUGUGGGGCAAUAGUCUGCCUCACAAUAUAUACAGCUUACAAUGUCAGGUUUCAUCGAAUUCAGGGGACUGUAGCAAGUCACAAUUCAAUUAUAUGCAUUUCAGCUUUGAAUGCAGGUGACAUUAAAAUGCUCUUAUAUUUUGCAAGUAUAUUAGAAAAAUUAUUUGCAAAGCCUACAAUAUGAGAUACAGUAACAUUAACCUAGUAAGUACAGGAAUAGAUUUGGAAUGUAUAAUAAAUCCAUCUUUGCAGUGCCUGUAAACUGAUAAACCUUAUUGCCUCAGCAAGCACUCAUGACAUAAAUGACAUUUCUAUUACAUGAAUAUUGCUCAUGUCUUAAAUGCAACAACUUUUGCACAGAAGCCUUGUAUACCAAAUUGUCUGCAUGAAAACUAGCUGUCUCUCCUUAUUACCUCUUAGUUUUCAUGACUUCAUGAUUACCAUUGUCACACACUUCAAACAUUCCAUUGAUCAAUACGUUUUACUGUACAUGCAGGCAUCACAUUCCCCAUGUUUAGUAUGGACAAUAUAUAGGAUGUAUCAUUCAGUAGAAAAAUGUACUUAUUUGCACUUACAGCAGUGUCCCAAAUGAAAUUUUAACCAAUCUCCUGGCUGUAAAGGGGAACAACAUUUUAAAUUGAAUAACAAUCUGUCUGGGUUUGUUUCAAAUAAAUCAUUUCAUCACUGUA